AUGUCCUAUGUAUCAUCGAUUGAAUUACGAAAAGUUCGUCCGGAAGCGGUCAAUGAAAAAAGUGUAAUUGAAUCAGUUGUUGGCCUUUUUCAUGACGUUGUAGAAAAAGUUCCUCAAGCAUAUGCUACGUCUUCACGUACUAAUAAUAGUGAUCAAUUAGAACCAAUUGAAUGGGUUCGUUUUCUUUCCAAUGUACACGAAUGGCAUCCGUCGAUACGUAUCGAAACCUUAGUUCUAUUAAUUGCAUAUAAAAGUAGUUUAGCAUUAUGGACAAUUGAAAUAAAUGGUAUUGCAAGUGAAUUAUUUUCUAUUCGUGAGCACAAUAUUUGUUCGGCAUGUUUAUUAACAACAAAUUCAUCACUGGAUGAUCCACAUUCAUCUUAUCGUCCUCUGAUAGCAUUUGCUAAAUCUGCUGGACCACCAUCUAUACAAAUUUGUUCAUUGAAAAAUGAUCAACAUAUGAUAAAAGUAAUAAAUUUACCUGGUGUUGGUCUUCAAGCAGAGCCAAUAUUAAUUGAAUCGAAUAGUUCGGUACUUAUUUGUGCGACACAUACAUUUAUUAUUGGUUAUGAUAUAAUAAAAUUUGAUGAAAAAUUCUUCCUAUCAAAUGUUUACUCGUCACUACCAUUGGCAUUAUCGACACGAUGGUUAGCUUUUGCAGAUUAUCGUCUUCAUUUAAUUCAUCAAUCAUCAGGUGGAAUUAAUGGUAAUAUAUCGGAACAAUACGCAUCCUAUACAGGUGCUAUGUUGAAUGCUGCUAAAUCUCUAUCGAAAAGUGUAGUUAAAAUAGGUGAAAGUGUAUUAGGUUAUAGUGGACAACAGAUUAAUAAUAAUUCGAAUUUUAAUGAUAAAUUACCAGUAACUAAACAAGUAUCAUCGCCAACAAUAAACAAUAAUAAUAGUACGAAUUCAUCACGUCGUAGACUUGGAUCGGGAAAAGAUGAAGCACAAGCGGGUAUCGUAACAAUUAUUGAUACAGUUAAAUUAUUUGGAUCAACAGUUCAUGAUGAGAGACAAAAUUGGAUUAUAGCUCAUUUUCAAGCUCAUAACGAAUCUAUUGGUUAUUUACAAUUUAAUCCAAGUGGACAUUUACUUGUAACAUGUGAUACUAGUGGUCAUUAUUUUAAUGUAUUAGAAAUUCAAGUAUCACCUUAUCGUUGUACGAGAACGUUUAUUAAGCAUUUAUAUACUUUAUUUCGUGGUGAUACUGAUUGUCGAGUAUCCCAUAUGACAUUUACCACUGAUAGCCGAUGGCUUGCUGUAUCCACAAAACGUGGAACAACACAUUUAUUUGCAAUUAACCCAUAUGGAGGUGUUGUUAAUAUUCGUACACAUUCAAAAACUUACGUUGUUAACAAAGCAAGUCGCUAUCAUCGUACGGCUGGUCUUGAAGAACAAUCAACACGUCAAUCCCAUACUAAUACAAAUGAUAAUGGACUAAAAGAUACAUCAUCAAAUUCUUUAACUAAUUCUUCAUCAAGUACGAAUAAUAAUCAUAAUAAUAGUUUUACGUCAUUAGCACGUACUAAACGAACAAAUCCUGAAUGUAUAUUUUCAACGGCUGUAACAAUAAUUCGUCAACCGACUGAUAAUUUUGUGAGCGGCCUCACUGUGCCAUUCAAUAUGGAUUCAUUAUGUUUAGCAGCAACAUUUGGUAUUUCACGCGGUUUUCUUAAUCCAGAAGACAUGAUUAAUCAUCAAGAACAUACAACGCGUGCAUGCGGUUCAUUAUAUAUUAUUAGUUGGCACGGUAGACUUAUUGAAUAUGUUCUUGAGCCGAUAGCAGAUACAAGUAAACAUGGCAGUCGUGUUACACCAGAAACUCCGCUCAUUCUUAAAACGUCUCCAAAAGCUCAAUGGCCACUUCAAAAAUUGACAACAUGGCCUGAAGUUCGUAUGUCUGUUGCUAAUGCAUUUCUAUCUCAAGGUCAUCGCACGGCGCCAAUAAAUAAAGUUUAUUCAAAAGAUGAUUGGCUUCGACAACUGGAAAUGAAUACAUGUAUUGGUCCACAUCGUCGUUUAUGGAUGGGUCCACAAUUUCAAUUUAAACAUUAUUCUGAAGCAACAGUUAGUAUUUGUCAUCCAAAUUCCAAUGUAUUCACAGCUGAUUCACCUCAAACAUCCAUGAAUGUUGUUGAUGCUGAUUUACAAAGUUUACCAAUAAAAUGGUCAAAAUCAACACCCGUUCAUGUACCAAGUCUACAAAAAGACAUUGCACCUGCUUAUAUUGAAGUGGGUUCUGGUAGUUAUCAAGAUGCACCAUCGUUAAGUGUCUAUGGAAAUUCAUUUGAUAGUACGAAGUCUGAUUUCGAAGUUGAUCUUGUCGAAAAAUUAGCUGAUGCUGCUGUUGAUAUAUCAUUAAAAAACAGUGGUAUUGGUGAUACAACAGAUUCAUUGACAUCAUCGAGUUCCAGCAGUAUCCCUACACGUCCAUCACAAACGAAUCAUUCACUUGAAAAUAUGAUCCCAUUUCCUGAUACAGGCGAUCCAACAGAUUAA